AUGGAGACCUUCUAUAAUGGCCUCAAUGCAGCUUCUAGAAUGGUGUUAGAUGCCUCAGCCAAUGGUGCUAUUUUGUCCAAGUCUUAUAAUGAAGCAUUCGAAAUUUUGGAGAGAAUUGCAAGCAACAAUUAUCAAUGGUCCAACACGAGAGCUCCGACAAGUAGGAAAGUGGCAAGGGUUCUUGAAGUAGAUGCCUUAACGGCUUUGACAGCUCAAAUGGCAUCAAUGACCAAUAUUUUGAAAAAUCUGAGUUUGGGAGGCAACAUUCAGCCAGCUGCCGCUAUUCAAAGUGGAGACAUUUCCUGUGUGUAUUGUGGAAAUGGGCAUAUGUUUGAAAACUCCCCUUCCAACCCAGCUGCAGUUUGUUAUGUGGGAGCAAGUUCCAACGGAGCGUCUCCACAAGGGAAGCAAGCAUAUCCGCCAGGUUUUUCUCAGCAGCCACGGGCUCAACAACCGCAACACCCUCAAGGCUCUCAAUCCAGCUCUUUGGAGAGUCUAAUGAGGGACUAUAUGGCAAAGAAUGAUGCAGUUAUUCAAAGUCAGGCAGCAUCCCUUCGUAAUCUAGAAAUGCAGUUGGGGAAAUUAGCUAAUGAUCUGAAGAAUAGGCCCCAAGGUUCCUUGCCUAGUGACACAGAGAAUCCGAGGAGAGAUGGUAAGGAACAUUGCAAGGCAAUUAAUUUACGAAGUGGAAAAAUUCUGGAAAAUGAUGAGGAGAAAACAAAGGGCAGUAGGGAGCCCACUUCAAUCCAAACAGGGGGAGAAUCUAGUCAAAAAUCAGCAAGUGAAGCUAUUGAAACUGGCCCAGUUGAUACAGCAUCGGGUCAGCAAUCUGUUCCAGUAAAGACUUUGCACAAGCCGCCUCCACCAUUUCCUCAGCGUUUUAGAAAACAGCAGCAAGAUGGGCAGUUCAGGAAGUUUCUGGAUGUACUAAAACAGCUCCAUAUCAAUAUUCCCUUAGUGGAAGCAUUGGAGCAAAUGCCAAAUUACGUCAAAUUUCUAAAAGAAAUUUCGACCAAAAAAAGGAGGCUGGGAGAGUUUGAAACUGUUGCUCUCACAGAAGGUUGUAGUGCCAUGUUGAAGAGUAAAAGCCCUCCGAAUUGA